AUGUUGAAAGAACCCUCCGUUCGAUUGCGAGAGGCUAUCGUUGAAGGAAAUCUACUCAUAGUAAAGAGGCUGUUACGACGGAAUCCAGAUUUGCUGACUAACAUCGACUCGGAGAAUGGAUGGAGCUCACUACAUUACGCCUCGUAUCAUGGACGAUACCUUAUAUGCGUGUACCUAAUUCAGCUAGGUCAUGACAAGCAUGAGCUAAUAAAAACUUUCAAAGGGAACACAUGUGUGCAUUUGGCGCUAAUGAAGGGGCAUGAACAAACCUUACACUUACUUUUGCAACAAUUCCCGCGAUUUAUCAAUCAUCGCGGAGAGAAUGGCAGGGCCCCCAUUCACAUAGCCUGCAUGAAUGAUUACUAUCAAUGUCUGAGCUUGCUGAUAGGAGUGGGUGCCGAUUUGUGGGUAGUGGAUGCCAACGGCGAUACGCCACUUCAUGUAUGCUUGGAGUAUGGCAGUAUAAGUUGCAUGAAAAUGCUUCUCAACGAAGGUGAAGUGUCCUUGGAUGAUAACGUGAGGGAUAAAGGCAAUUGGAAACCGAUCGAGGUAGCGCAAACCUUUGAAGUGGCUAAUAUAUACUCCAAAGUGUUAAAAGAAGCGAAGAAGAAGGGGCCACCAAUGGGAGCUGGAAAGAAGCAAAGUUCAUUCAGAACCCCUAUCCUAAACGCGAAGGCCGCUUUUGAAGACGGACCUUCUCCAGUCUUAAGCAUGAAUUCUCCAUAUUCGCUUUAUUCCAACAAUAGCCCGUUACCGGUACUACCAAGAAGGAUAUCCACGCAUAUUACUAGCGGGAACAACGGGAACCGAAGAAGUUCCAUUACAAACCCUGUAUUUAGCCCGCGAAAGCCGACUCUAUCUACGGACAGUUUCUCGUCGAGCUCAAAUUCCAGCUCGAGAGUAAGAGUGAACACUAUCAACGCUAAGAACAUGGUAGGGGCGUCACCCAAGAAGGAGCUGCUUCCUGAGUCAGUACGACACAGUGCAACACCAACAAGCCCGCACAACAACAUAGCGUUGAUCAAUAGAUACUUGUUGCCCAACAAGAGUAACGAGAACGUGAGAGUAGAUUCACUUACCGCAGCAAACAAUGACAACGAUGGUGGCGGCACCGGCGGCAUUGCCGCCGGUGCCACUAUAGGUAUGGGGUUGAGAGAGGACUCGGACGAUGAGAACGAGAACAAAUAUAAGACCAAGACAGCCCACGGAGAGCCGAGGAGACGAGUGUCGCUCCUGAACAUACCUAUCUCUAAAUUGAGAAACAGCAGUAACGGCAGCAUAGAGGAACGCUAA